AAAAGCCAACAGCUGAAGUAUUGUGUUUCACGAGAGGAACCUGACUACCCUUAAAUAGGGCAAGGGCGAAAGAAAGUAACCCGACUGGUCACCCACUGCCACUUUAAAUCUCACCCGAUAAUGACGUGGAAUUUAAGAAAACCGCUUAUAGUUUUGGCAUCAGAAAAUUGGAUCGCAAGUUGUGGCAGAAGACGCAGCACGGGAGACGAGAUGUAACUGCCUCUAUGGAUUUAUACUUUACCAAGUCAUGUUGUAUUUUUUUGUUUAAUUUUGCGAUGGACAUUGGUUUUCAUAUUAUGGAGCUACAAUCCACGCAGGUGUUGACUAGAGCGUAAUUGGUCGUAAUGCCGAACAAUUGGAUGGAACGUAACAGGUGUUCCUCGGAUAUUUUUUAUUUCAUAUCAAAUACGCGCAUGAGCUGACAAAUUUCAAAUAAAUAUAGGCUAUAGUUGCAUAUUUGUUACAUUUCAUUUUUAUUUAAGGAUGCCGUUUAUAACCCAUACUUAGGGUAAGGCUACAUUUAUUCUAUUGUUAAAAUUCAGCUAACUUUAUAGAGGAAAAGGCUUUAUAAACGCAGAGAAAUGACAGUCAUAAAAUUAAGCGUUCUUAUACAGUACAAAUAAAACCUGAAACCUUGAAGCUGUUGAUCUAGUCCUUUUGGUUAUUGGCAUAUCCAGAAUCAUGUCAUGCGCCCAGCUUCUCCCCUGAUGAGUAUUGAUCAUUGGAUCCUGAUGGGUGUUGCUGUUGACGGACUCCACCAUGGGAUGUGUACACAGCGUAAAACUGAAACCAAGCUUUCAGGAAAACAUCACAGUUCUGGACCUGCAAGCUUCCAUCGAUCCCAGUCCGACUGUCAUCGAUGAAUCCUCCAAUGUGGUUCUGAGAUCCAGCUGGGAACUUCCGGAGCUAAAAUGCGGGCACAUCCAAGCAAUCAGUGAUUCUGACGGCGUACAUUAUCCUUGGUAUGGCUGCACCACCGAACUGUACACAAUCGUGGGUCCUACUAAGAAAAGAACCAAACUCACCAUCAGUAUGAACGAUAACUUCUGCCCAAGUGUUACCUGGAGCGUCCCUGUGGGCACCACCAGCAGUCCUCCUCUCCUCAGCUCCAUCCAAAGGGACCAGCGCUUCACCACUUGGCUGGUAGCCAUGAAGGAAGCUAGCGGUGAGAUGGUUUUACUGAGAACAAUCCGCUGGAGAAUGCAGCUGUCCAUUAAAGUGGAUCCAAAGAAGCCUCUGGGCAAAAGAGCCGUACUUGUGGAGCCCCUGAUCCAGGAAGAGCCUCAAGUCUUGGUGAAGAACGAACCCAUCCCAUUAAAUGCCUUAGAUAUGCCUAACGCAAAUGACGCCCAGGUUUUGAUAUGGCACCCGAGAGAUGGAAGACCUAUUUUAGUCAUCCCUCCAAAAUAUUGAACUUUAAUGUUUGAAGCUUAUUUAAAUCAGGGUAUGAAGUGAAUGAGUGAUAAUAUGAUCAACAGGGUUAUUGAUUUAAUGUUUAAAUUUUUUGAUGGUUGGUAUAGGCUUUAUUUAAACACUUUUUUGUAUUGUAGAGAAGCCUGAGAAUAUUUUAGUGUCUGAUUAUUUUAAUAUUUGUAAUUUGUAACAUUUUGUGGCCUUUAAAUACUGUACGUCACUCUGGAGUGAAAUGUUGCUUUUGUCUUAUACUGUAUUUCUAGUGCAUGUCAAAUUGAAAUCGGACUGUAUGAGCUCAUAUGCAUUUUUAUAUUUGAGGCAUAUUAUUUUUCAGAAAUGACAAAAGUUUUACAAACUACUGAUAAUGUUGCCUUUUGUUUUUAUUUAGUUACAGAAGACACAUUUGCCAACAUCUCACAUGUAACUUGUGUCCGUAUAUGUUUUAUGAGAUUAAGACUAAACUAGUACUGUGAAUAAUUUCUUUUUCAAAAUUUGAAGAGACGGUAAGGUUUGCUGGAGCACAAGAUGUUUCAGGUACUUUCAGCCAC